AAAACAUAAACACAAAAGCAAAGAAAAAAUGGGUAGGAGAAAGAUUAAGAUGGAGAAAGUGCAAGACACAAACACAAAGCAGGUCACGUUUUCAAAACGUAGAUCGGGUUUGUUCAAGAAAGCUGCUGAGAUUGCGACUCUGUGCAACGCUGAGGUUGGUAUACUUGUAUUCUCUCCUGGAAACAAACCUUAUGCCUACGGGAGACCGAGUUUUGAUUUGGUUGCAGAACGUUAUAACAACGAAUCCGAAGACUCAGAUACCGGUGAACCAUCAAGCAAUGGUAGAGGCAACAGAGCUAGACACGAGAAGAGGAUAUGUAAACGCCUCAACUCGAUCAUGGAACAAGUUGAAGCUGUGAAGAAAAGAGGCGAAGAUUUUCAGAAUCAGCUUGAAACUGCUGGAGAAGAGAAGUUUGACAAGCCCAUUGAGGAGCUUUCUCUUGAGGAACUCAAGGAAUAUGAAGAUAAGAUGAUGAACAUGCAUGGUAUGAUUCAAAGUAACAUUAGUCAAAUGCAAGUUUCGUCUACUCUCAUGCUUCUCUCUAUUGACACUCAAAAUAACUAG